AUGCUACACAGAAACGACGUUUCUUAUAGAGGAGUCGAAGCGCCUACUAGAGAGGCUGAUCAUGGCUCGCUGAGGCAGCGCGAGGGGCGGGGGACGCGGGGAGCAAGGAGGGCGCGGAGCCUUCCGCCGAACUGCAGCGGCCUUCUUGCGGAGGAGGAGGGGGACUCCGCGGAGUCCGCGCGGGCGGCGGAAACCGUCGCCGCAGGGGGAUUGGCGCGAAGGGCGGAAGGCGGCGGAGCAGCCAGCGGGACUAGUCCGCGCACUUGCCGGUCGCAGAGUCCGUGCGGACGACGAAAAGGAGGCGGAAGGGCUGGCGGCGGCCAUGCGACGAUUUUCGGCGACGAAAACGACUCCUCUGCAACAGCGGGACGGAGCUGGUGGACCGGCGAUGGCGCUCCGGCGGCGGAUGCGGCGUCAAUCACGGCGAGCGACGCGGACAGCGGAGUAUCUUCCGUGCGUCUUCGCAAUCAACAUGACGGCGCGAGAUCGCCGUGGGAAGGCGGCGCGGGGCGCGCGCUGGUGGACGUGGAACGGCGCCAAUCGCGGAGUUUGGACGGCAACGGACGGCUGCGCGAUUUUGCGGCCGGCACGACAGCAAGCGGAGACGGCGGCUCCGGUCGGUCGGCAGCAUUUUCGAAAAGGCCGCCGGCGUCUGUAGCAAUUGUAGAACCCGAAGCGGCGCUUCAGGAGAGGGCGGCGGCGACGAGAGCGGGGAACGGCGCAUCUGGCGGGGCCGGCGCAAGUGCGCGGGUGGGCGCAAGCGCGGGGAACGGCGCAAGUGCGGGGAACGGCGCAAGUGCGGGGAACGGCGCAAGCGCGGGGAACGGCGGAACUGCGGCUACAAGAGAUGCUUGCGCGGACGUGCCUGGUGAUGUGGCAGCAAGCGCGCAAGCGGAGCGAGUGGAAAUAGGAGGGCGGCCAGAGGAAGCCGGGAAGGCGGAAGGCGGCAAAGGGGGAGAAAGCGGUGGCGGAGAGCGCGCAGCGGAGCCCCGCGGGGGAGAUGUCAGACAGGGGAUUGGCGGAGGCGGAAAGGGGUUAGGCGCAAGGGGGCAUGGGGGGAACACGGUGGGCGGAGGAGCAGCAAGAGAGGCGAGCGAUAGGGAGGCAUGCAGCACGGUUGAACUGUGGAACCCGUUUUAUAACGACGACGUGAUUUGCAUCAAAUGCAGCAGCAGCAGUGAGUCGGGUGCGGGUAGUGGCAAUGAUUGUGAGAGGAAGGGGAGGGGGACGAGGGAGAAAAGGAGCAAGAGGGGGAAGAAAGGGAGGAGCGCACGCAGCGGGAGUAGCGAGAAAGAGGAAGAGGAGUGUUGCGGUGGUAUGGGCGAGCGGGAGGGAGUGGAGGGAGGGGAGGAAGGGGAGGAAGGGGAGGGCGAGGAGGGCGAGGAUGGGUUGGCUGCUGCUACUGCUACUGCUGCUGCUGCUGCUGCUGCUACUGCUGGUGCUACUGCUGGUGCUGGUGCUGCUGCCAACGGCAAUGGUAUUGCUGCUGCUGCUAGUGGUGAUGGUGAUGCUGCUGCUGCUGAACAGCCUGAAGCCCAACCGCACGCGUCAGCGCCGGACUACUUCCCAUUCGACGGGUUCUUUCAACCCCGGUUCGACCAGCUCUCCUCCACCGACUCCUCUUGCUCCCCUGACCUCGUGUUCUCCUUCCACCCUCCCCAACCCACCGCACACUCCCUCCCCUGCUCUCCCCUUGAUCCUUCCUCCCUUCUCGACUGCGCGCUGCCCCUCUGUCAUCCUCCCCCCUUCCUCGCACUCUCAUCCGACAAAAGGGGGAGUGGUGAUGAGGGAGAGGUGGUUGCAGGGGGACAGGUUGGAAUGGAGAGUGAGAGGGAGAAGGAGAGGGAGAAGAAGGUGGUAAUGGAAGGCGAGUGUAGGAGUCAAGCACUGUCGGUUAUAGAGGAGGGUAAGGAGGGUACUGAGAGUGCAACCAGGAAAGGUGCAGAAGGCAUGCGUCAGAUGGAGAAAAGAGGCAGUGUGUUACAGAAUGUGCAGCAGCAGCAACCGCAGCUGCAGCAGAAGCAGGAGCGGAAAGAUGGGCGGCAAGGACGGCUAGAGGAAGUGGAGGGAGAGGAGCCUGCUGUCAAGAACAUGCAGAAGAAGACAGAUAAAGAGAUGCCUAGGAAACGCCGCCGGAAAUGGGAGCGAGAAGAAGAGGAAAAGGUGAAGGGUGCGAGGAGGCGAAGGAAUGAUUUUAGGCGCCUUUUGGGAGUCAAGAGGAGUGGUGUGAGGGUUGUGGUGGGGCCUAGACGGUUGGAGCUGCUCAAGAAAUGGCUGUUGGAAGUUAUCGCAGAGGCACAGGGGGGAAAUGCGGUGGUGUUGGGAGGAGCUAUGGGUCAAGGUCUGCUGGUUCUGGCGGCGCCAAAGCCCCUCCUGCCUGCGGUGCUGCGCUGGCUGCAGCAGCAGGGGUGGGUGCAGUGGAUUGCCCCCCGGCCCCGCUCUCGCCUGCACAACCGAUGGGCCUCCGCUGUCACUCAAAGCGGCACCUCCGUUGGCUUAGACGACGACCCAGGGUUCGGAUCCCCAGGGUCAGACAGCAGCGGUGGUGGUGGUGGUAGUGAGGAGCAGAGGAGUGAGUUUGGGGCGGCAAGGCCCCUGUGGAGUGCGGGGAUAACGGGAGUCGGGCAGAUUGUGGGGAUUGGCGACAGUGGCAUCGACAUGCAGAGUUGCUUCUUCCGCGAUGACACCGUCCCUCUGCCAGGCCCCACGCACCACAAGGUGGUGCAGUACCGGGUGGUCAACGGCGACACAGUGGACGAGCUGGGGCACGGCACCCACGUGGCAGGCUCCGUGGCGGGGGCCUGCUCGCAGCAACAGCAGCCGGGGCAGCAACCGCAGGAGGGGCAGCAGGGGGCAAAGGGGCCGGAGAGUGUGGAUCUGUACCCUGGCAUGGCGCCUGAUGCGCGCAUUGCCUUCACUGACAUGGGCGAGGGCGAUGUGGGGUACAUCAUGCCGCCUGCUGACCUGGGCAGUGGGUACUAUGGGCAGGCAAUGAAGGCCGGGGCGUUCAUCCACUCGGACUCAUGGGCGUCAGGAGUGUUCGCAUAUGACUACAUGGCGCAGUCAGUCGACCGCUUCACCUUCAACAACCCUAACUUCCUCCCAGUAGUCGCGGCAGGCAACAUGGGCUCUGUGCACCGAGACACAGUCUCCAUCUCAUCGCCUGCUCUCGCCAAGAACUGCCUCACAGUGGGUGCGACCCUCGGCAGUGUCGGCUCCUCCCCGCCCCUCCUCGCCACGCCCUUCAACCUCUCCAUCCUCGCGCCCUCCCCCUCUCUCCUCCCCUCCGACCGUGCCUGGUACCCCCUCCUCUCGCACGCCUUUGGCGCCACCUUCCAGCCCGGUCUCUGGGAGGAGGGGGUGGCGUGGGGGCUGGUGAGGGGGGAGCCGAGGGAUGGGUGCAGAGCGGUGCGGGGCGGUAGUGGGAGCACAGGAGGGAGUGUGGCUGGGUUGAUCGUGCUUCUUGACGCGGGGUACUGCCUGUUUGCAGAUAAGUUCAGGAACGCCCAGGCAGCAGGUGCAGCGGCAGCAGUGAUCGUGGCCAACGACACUCUCGGCUACUUCCCCAUGGCUGCUCCCUUUGGCGCUGACCCCAGCAUCACCAUCCCAGGUGGCUCUGUGCCGCAAGCAGUGGGCGCCAUUCUAGAUGCAGCUCUCAGGAGGGGCCAGCCCGUGCAGGUGUCCAUCGCGCCCCUGGCUGUGUCUCUCGCCUUCCGCCCCGAUAGCAUGGCUCGCUUCUCCUCAUGGGGUCCCACACCUGAUGGCCGCAUUAAGCCUGACAUCUCUGCUCCAGGGGAGGGCAUCUGGUCAGCAAAGAGCAACCGCAACCUUCGCCAGCCAUCAUGUUCUGUCACACAGAUGUCAGGCACCUCAAUGGCCACGCCCAUCACUGCUGGCUCGGCUGCUCUGCUCAGGCAAUACUUUAUGGACGGCUUCUACCCCACUGGCCAAAGGGUCCCAGCCAAUGGUUUCGUGCCAAGUGGAAUGCUGCUCAAGGCCACACUGAUAAACGGAGCCAUGCCUCUCACUGCUGGAAACGGUGACCGCUACCCUAUAGACGCACCACCCUCCAUGAACCAGGGCUUUGGCCGCGUGCAUCUGGCCAAUGCUGUGCCUAUAGCGGGUACGGCGUCCUUCACUACAGUGGCAAUCGAGGGGCCUGCUCUGAAGACGGGUAACGGUUACCGUGUCUGCUUGCUGGUUGAUCCUGGGAGGAGCGAUGGAGGAAUGGGGAGCGAGGAUGUCAAGAUCACGCUUACCUGGUACGAUGCACCAGCAGCGCUGGUGGCGAAUCAGAACGCGGCAACGCCGCUGCUGGUGAACAACCUGGACCUCUCAGUCACCUCCCCCACCGGCCACUCCUUCUUUGGGAACGGGGGGCUGGCCCCUGAUGCCCGCAACACUGUUGAGCAGGUGCACAUCACAGCGCCACAGCAUGGCGUAUACACGGUGGACGUGAGGGCAGUGCAGGUCAACAUGCCCAUGCCAGGCACGGCACCAAGCAGCACUCCAGACACCACUUCAGACUCCUCACCAGACAACCCCCCAGGCCCCACAAGCAGGGCAUUUAGCAGGACUCCUGGCAGGACGCCUAGGGGGUCCUUCCCUAGCAGUCCCCCCAGCAGCCCUCCUAGCAGCAGGGACGGCGGGCAGCGCUUUGCUGUGGCUGCCAGAGGCCCCAUCACCCAAGUCGACUGCCUCUAUGUGCAAGCGGACCCCCCUCCCCUGCCCCUAUCCAGCAGCCCCUCCAUCUCCAUUCCGCUCCUCUUCCCCGCCAGCCCCGCCACCACUGUCCUCUGCAGCCUCACUAGGGUUACCAGCAUCAGCAGCAGCAGCAGCAGGAGUAUGGCAUCAGCAGCUGUUGGCAGCACUGACGGGCAGAUGGAUAUGGCUACGGACAGAUCUGCAUUGGUGGAGGAGGAUGGAUGGGGGACAGAGGUAGCAAGCGACCAGGCAUGGAUUGAGGCAUUUGGCAGUGUAGCAGGAGGAGCAGGAGGAGCAGGUGAGGCAGGCGGAUGGGCAGAGCAAGGGGCAGACGCAGGGUGGGCAGGAGAAGCAGGAGACAGAGGAGGAACAAAGGAUGAAGGAGGAGCAGGGGUAGCAGCUUUGGGAGGCACAGAGGAAGAGAGCCACGUGGUGGUGCUGCCAUGGGGCCCGUGCACCUCACCUGUCACCUUCCCAUCCCUCGAUACUGGCACCUAUGUCUUCUCAGCGCAGCUCCUAGACACCUCCUACACCAACACCCUCAUCAGCCCUCUUUACAGGACCACCUUCGCUAUCGAUCUAGAUGCACCCACCACCACACUCUCCUCGGCUUACACACCUGCUACCACCGCAGCCGCUUCUUUCACCUUCUCCUCUCCGUCUGCUGACGUCAGCCACUUCCAAUGCCAGCUCAGCGCCUCGUCGCUCUCGCCUCCCCCCGCCGACCCCAUCACCCCGCAGCCAAUCGCGUUACGCCAGGCAAGCAGCAUCCCCACCCGCCUGUUCGAAUGGCUGUUCCCGCCCUCUAUAGUCACACAGAGCGAGCAGCUGCCAGCCACAAGCCCAGGAGGACAAACCCCUCGUUUGGAUCUCACCCAGGGAACCCCCGCGUGGGGUAACUGCAGCAGCCCAGUGUCUUAUUCUGGGUUCUAUGACGGUCGCUAUUCCUUCUCUGUGCGGGCUGUGGAUCAGGCUGGGAAUGCGGAUCCCAACCCCCCUAUAGUCACAUGGGCGAUCGAUACUGUCCUGCCGAAAGCAGUGGUUCUAGAAGCGCCGGUGGUGUAUUCGAACCAAGGGAGUGUUCGGUUUGUGUUUGCGCUUGAUGGGGAGGUGGGCUCUGGGCAGGCAACGGCCUCACAGAUGGCUUUUGAGGCGCUAGAGACAGUGGCAGUGGUGGAUUCAAACCAGGAAGCAUGGAACCGCCACGGCCUCAACAACGCGUCAGCCAGAGCAGCUUUCACCAUCGACUCCUCUCGUCCCCUUGUGCUGCUGCUCUCCUACCCUCCACGCGUCCUCACUCGCCCCCAGGCUGUCUUCUCCUUCUUCUCCCCCAAAAUGGUUACCUUCACCUGCCGACUCGCCGCCUCUCCUCCCCUUCCACCCACUAACCCCUUCCCGGCCUCUUCUCCUCUCACCUCCUCUCUCUCUUCUUACUCCUUUUCCUCCUCUUCCGCCUCUCCCUCCUCGCCACCCCUCUCGUCCACCAUUCCCUUCUCGCCAUGUGUCAGCCCCGUGCGCUACAACCUGCCAGAUGGCACGUACACGUGGCAGCUGUCAGCCAUAGACUGGGCGGGGAACGAAGCAGAACCACUGCUGCUGGAUUUCACAGUUGACAGCACACCCCCAACACUACCAACCCCGCUCCCCUCUGCUACCUUACUCGCUACUUUCACUGGUUCAGACGGCCAAUCAGGCUCUGGAAUCUUAGGAUUCCUCUGCCACGUGGCGCUGGCUGAUUCGCCGGACCCGCCCCUGCUAUCUCCAGGAGCCUGGGCGCCGUGCUCCAGUCCGUUGAAAGCACCUGGGCUUUCACCUGGGCAGUACAGACUGCUGGUUGUGGCACGAGACAGAGGGGGUGUGGUUAGCACCACAUCUGCUACGGGCAGUUUCACUGUGGAGGCACCUAUGGUGGUGUUGGGUCUGGAGGAAGAAAGAGGAGCAGGCAGCAGCCAACCAAAUCUUCCUGAUUCCAGCACGGAUGGUGGUGCACCACCUGUCUCACAGGCUGCUGCUGCUGCUGCUGCUGCUGCUGCUGCUGCUGCUGCUGCAGUGUCGUUCGUUGCCCCCUUUCCACCUGCAUACAGCAGCAACAGCUCUGCCACGCUCCACUUCAUCACCGUUCACAGUAACGGAACGUCCUCAAACGAGGACACACUGAAUCAGCCAACAGUUCCUUCUGAAUGCGUCCUGCUUUCCACGCCCCUCCUCCUCUCCACGCCGUAUCAACCGUCCACGCCUUCCCAGUCUCCUCCUCCACCUCCCCUGCUCGCAUGGCCCUGCAGCAGUCCCCUCCUCCUGCCCUCUCUCCCAGACGGCCGCCACCAGCUCUGGGUGCGCCUGCUGGGGGAGCAGCGCAGUGGGGGGUCGUGGGCUGCCUUCUCCUGGACUGUCGACACCACCCCACCCUCCACGUCCAUCUCGUGGGCCAAUGACAGCGUGCCAGGUGUCGCCUCCUCAUUGAGCCCCACUGUGCGGGUGAUUGGGUGGGAGGAGGGGGGAGGGAGUGGAGUAGUGCGCCUUGAGUCUGACGUCACCCUCGCCUCUCUCCUCCCCUCCCCACCCACCACCCCCUCCUCCCCUUCACCCCCCACUCAAACGCCCACCGCAAGCCCCCGUCUUGGCGCAUCUCCAUAUGCACCUCUGCCUGCCGGCGCGUAUUCGUUCAGUGCUGCUCUCCCGGAUGGUGUCUAUGCGUUCAGUGCUAGAGCUGUGGAUGCAGCAGGGAAUGCGGACCCAAACCCGCCCUCAGUGCAGUUUGUGGUCAGUGCCUGGGCGAUAUCCCUGGCUGGGGUGGAAAGGAGAGAGGAUGGAGGAGGUGAAGGGGGAACCAAGGUAGUGGAUGCUGCUGGCAGUGGCGGCAAUGCUGCUACAGAUACCACUGCGGACACAUACUCUCCGUCCCGCCAGCUCUCAGCCUCCUUCCCCUCAGUCACCAUUGCAU